AUGUCUUCUUCUUCCCCCCCACCAAAGCGGCGUUUUGUGCCGGAGCCUGUGGAAACCACAACAAAGUCUUCUCGGAGGUUUGCGCCGGAGCCCGUGGAAACAACAACCAAAUCGUCGAGACGAUUUGCCCCGGAACCUGUGGAAACCACGACCAAGUCGUCACGGAGAUUUGCACCGGAGCCCGUGGAGACAACAAUAAAAUCCAGUCGCAGAUUUGCCCCCGAGCCGAUUGAGACCACGGCCAGGAGCUCGCGGAAGUUUGCCCCGGAACCAGUAGAGACGAGCAGCAGAAGCAGCAAGGAUAGGCCGCCACCUGCGGAUGAUGCUGCUCCCCGGAGGCGCUUCGCUCCGCAACCCGUCGAAACGACAACGAGAACUAACCGGGCCGGAGCUGAAAAUGGUGUAAACGGUGCUGACGUGCGGAGCUCCGACACGAGCUUCUCCGAUGCUCAGGCUUCUCCGCAGAUCGACGGUCCCCCGCAAUCAGUAACAAAGCCCCGACGCAAGUUUGCGCCGCAACUCAUUGAGACGGCAAAACGUACCAGGAAAUCGGGGGAUGUUGGUCCUACAGUGAAUGAGGCAGACAGGACUGAGGCAACGCCCGAUACCGGCACGCGCAGCCCGGCAAGGCGCCCACGCCCUCCGCCUACACCACUCGCACCUUCGAACACACCUAACGGCACCCUGCCCCAAGUGCCUUCUCUUCGUGAAGCCCGCCGUCUUGGAAUACCUACUCGUAGCGACUCGAUUGGCAGCAACCGUUCACACUCUUUCAGAGUUCCUGACCUGGAUACCAUAGAGUCCUCGGAAUCCGAAGAGGAACGCACGCCAUCCUUGUCUACUUCUCCGUCUGCCGAGUCGGACUCGGAGCAGUCAUAUCUGUAUUACCAUGCCACCCGGCGCAGGGAGAGCGUAGAUGAGCGUUUCUCUGGAUAUCUGUUGGAAAUAGCCGCGAAGGCAGCGGAAAAGCAGAUGAGAGAGGCGGCCAUGGCGGCCUUUCCCAACGACGAUCACCAUGAACCCGUUGCCCAUUUCCUUGGUGAUGAAGAGGACGAUGUGGUAGGUGAGACCAUGGAAGAUGUGAACGAGGAGCGUCGCGAAUCAUUCACCAAGGUGAACUGGGAGCUGCUGGCCAUGCAGAAGCACAUGGAGGAGAGAGAAGAGGGCCAGAGCAAAGACAAUGGCGAGAAGGUGAAGAGAGCAGAUGAACCCACGAAGAAGAACAUUUGGGGUGAGCCUCAAUGGGGAGCGAAGUCAACGAAGAACGCAUUGGCAGACUCUGCAACGAAGAGUCCAUGGACGAACCCGUUUGCGAACCAGCGCGGUCGCCAAGACGAGCAAGAAAUGAAGGGGAUGCAGCGAGGGGCACGGCCGCCGAUGCUUGGUAGCGAUAUCGUUUUCCCACGCUGCCCUUCACCAGAGCCCGCCAAGUUCGAUGUCACGCAAGGCUCCGAGGCUUUGAGGAACUCCAUGUGCUACCUAACGGAGCAGAGCCAGCCCUCAGAGCCUCAGGGUUUGUGGUGGCACGAGCAGAAGAAGGAGGAGCCAAGGAAGCAGGCCACGAAGCCCACAGGACUAUCUGCCAAAGAAGGACGAUCAAAGCCGCCAACUCUGUGGUCAAAUCCCGGUAGCCGCCCACCCAGUCCAGCUGGCUUGUGGAAUGGGUGCUGCCGUGGGCCCGGUUCGAGGGAGAGCACUAAGCAAGCGGGUAUGCUUACACCACGGAUCGAAGUCGACAACCCCUUCGACAGUCCACCGCCGACUCCUGCAAGAGCGCCGCCAUCUCCACCGCCUUCCAAUCCUGACAUUGCAAGCAUUGACGACAAGCUUGCUGCUCAAAAGGCACUUGAAGAGGAAUUCAACGAUGCGUUCGUGACGCAGGUGUACAACUACCUAUCCCUCGGAUAUCCUUCGCUGGCACGGAAAUUCGAUGAUGAGCUGAGCAAGAUCAGCCGCAUCCCGGUUGAAGAACUGCGGCAGGACGAUGAACUCGCCCAGGCAAGGGGGUACAUUCGGCUUGGUGAGGAUAACAACGCCAGAGAUGCAGGCAUCACUGAAGAUACUUGCAUGCGUUGGAGGGCGUUGAGGACAUACAUUUUCGAGUGGGCCAAGCAGCAGCCACGCUUUCUACAUGCGGGCUAUGCCCUCGGUGGGUUUGGUGUUGCUGCACGGCGUGGUAGUUGGGCGUGGUAG